AUGGAUCCGGGUGGUAGCGUGGAGAGCCGCGGGGAGGUGUGGUCCGUGCCGAUCCCGCAGACCGAGCAUCGCAAACGGGAGCAGGAGAAACUGUCCGGUGUCGUGAAAGACGUGCACCGAAAACUACGCAGGAAAUACCGAGAGGUGGGGGACUUUGAGAAGAUCUGGAGAGAGCACUGUGAAGACCAGCAGACCCUGAGUGAAUAUGCCAACGCCAUGAGGAACCUGGCGGACCAUCACUGGACCAGGAAGAGUGAGGGGGAGGGGCGCAUCGAGUGGUGUCGCAGCGUGUGUCAGGAGUACUUCUUAUGUGGAGGGAUGAAGAAGAUGAUGGAGAAGGACCAGAAAAGUGCUGCUGCUUCUCUGGGUUUGAGCUCAGGACUGAGCACUUCGAGUCUCAGCUCUGUCCCUGCUUCUCGGAUGGGCAGAAUGCGCCUGCUGGACGUGGGCAGCUGUUUUAACCCGUUCUUGAAUUUUGACGAGUUCCUCACGGUUGGGAUCGACAUCGUUCCUGCGGUCGAGAGCGUGCGUAAAUGCGACUUCCUGAACCUGCAGCUGCAGGCUCCGGUGCAUUUGACCCGGGACGCGCUGGAGAGCUUCCUGCUGCAGCUGCACAGUCCCAUUGACACGCUGCCUGCGCAGCUGUUCCAGGUGGUGGUCUUCUCUCUGCUGCUGUCUUACUUCCCGUCUCCGUACCAGCGCUGGAUCUGCUGUAAGAAAGCCCACGAGCUGCUAGAGCUGCAGGGCCUGCUCCUCAUCAUCACGCCUGACUCCUCGCACCAGAACCGCCACGCGCUCAUGAUGCGCAGCUGGAGAGUCGCCAUCGAGUCCCUGGGGUUUAAACGCUACAAAUACGUCAAGUAUUCGCACAUGCAUCUGAUGGCUUUCCGGAAGGUUUCCCUCGCCACCAGCAGCGACUUGGUCUCUCAGAACUACCCUGAGAUGCUCUACAUCCCACAGGACUUCACUGAGGACGAGGAGGAGGAGGCUUAUCCUGUCCACAUGCGCUCAGAGCUGGAAGAUGAACGAGUGGCGUGGAGCUUCAGCGAGCUGCCGCAGACUCCUUACGACUCAGACUCUGACUCUGACUCGGGGCGUCAGGCCAGCUCUGUGCCUGCGCCGCACCACUUCGAAGAUCCCAUUUUGCUCCAAAGUUAA